AGGGAACUUGAACUUUACCCGAAGAGACUCGGGAGCUUCCCACGACGUGACCGUCCCAGGGACAAGUGGCCCAGGACGGGCCGGAGCCGCAGCGUGAAGAGACCCAGGAAGAGGAAAAGAGGAAGUCUCACCUAUCAACAAGAGUUUUAGAAAGCCGUCUAAAUACUUGAAUGUGAAAACCUUUGCAUCUUCUGAUAGUCUAGCCAAGGUCCAAGAAGUGGCAAGCUGGCUUUUGGAAAUGAAUCAGGAACUGCUCUCUGUGGGCAGCAAAAGACGACGAACUGGAGGCUCUCUGCGAGGCAAUGCUUCCUCAAGCCAGGUGGAUGAGGAGCAGAUGAAUCGUGUGGUGGAGGAGGAACAGCCACAGCACCUCAGACACCCAGAGGAGGAGCACACUGCACGCAAUGGCGAGCUUGUGGGAGCAGAACCGAGACCCGAAGCCCAGAAUGAUUCCCAGCAAGGACCAGCGGAAGAAAACAAUAACCGUUUUCUUUCGGUUGAUGAGGACUCAUCAGGAAACCAAGAGGAGCAAGAGGAGGAUGAACAUGCUGGGGAACAGGAGGAGGAGGAAGAGGAGGAGGAGGAGGAGGAGGAAAUGGACCAGGAGAGUGAUGACUUUGAUCAGUCUGAUGACAGUAGCAGAGAAGAUGAACACGCCCACAGUAACAGUGUCACGAACUCUCGCGGUGUCGUGGGCCUGCCCAUUCACCAGCUCUCCACGUCACUCUGUGCAAAAACAACAAAAAUGAAAAGAAAGUUGGACCAUGGUUCUGAGGUCCGUUCCUUUUCUUUGGGAAAGAAACCAUGCAAAGUCUCAGAAUAUACCAGUACCACUGGGCUUGUACCAUGUUCAGCAACACCAACAACUUUUGGGGACCUGAGAGCAGCCAAUGGCCAAGGGCAACAGCGACGCCGGAUUACAUCUGUCCAGCCACCCACAGGCCUCCAGGAAUGGCUGAAAAUGUUUCAGAGCUGGAGUGGAGCAGAGAAGUUGCUGGCUUUAGAUGAGCUCAUUGACAGCUGUGAGCCAACGCAGGUAAAGCACAUGAUGCAAGUGAUCGAGCCCCAGUUCCAACGAGACUUCAUCUCCUUGCUCCCCAAAGAGCUGGCACUUUAUGUGCUUUCAUUCCUGGAACCCAAAGACCUGCUACAAGCCGCUCAGACGUGUCGCUACUGGCGAAUUUUGGCUGAAGACAACCUUCUCUGGAGAGAGAAGUGCAAAGAAGAGGGGAUUGAUGAACCGUUGCACAUCAAGCGAAGAAAGGUAAUAAAACCAGGUUUCAUACACAGCCCAUGGAAAAGUGCGUACAUCAGACAGCACAGAAUUGAUACCAACUGGAGGCGAGGAGAGCUCAAGUCGCCUAAGGUGCUGAAAGGACAUGAUGAUCACGUGAUCACUUGCUUACAGUUCUGUGGUAACCGAAUAGUUAGUGGUUCUGAUGACAACACUUUAAAAGUCUGGUCAGCAGUCACUGGCAAAUGUCUGCGAACAUUGGUGGGACAUACCGGGGGAGUGUGGUCAUCACAGAUGAGAGAUAAUAUCAUCAUUAGUGGAUCUACUGACCGAACUCUCAAAGUGUGGAACGCUGAGACUGGAGAAUGUAUACAUACCUUAUAUGGGCAUACUUCCACUGUUCGCUGUAUGCACCUCCAUGAAAAAAGAGUUGUUAGCGGUUCUCGAGAUGCCACUCUUAGGGUCUGGGAUAUUGAGACAGGCCAGUGUUUACAUGUCUUGAUGGGUCACGUGGCAGCCGUCCGCUGUGUUCAGUAUGAUGGCAGGAGGGUUGUUAGUGGAGCCUAUGACUUUAUGGUGAAGGUGUGGGAUCCGGAGACUGAGACCUGUCUACACACGUUGCAGGGGCAUACUAAUAGAGUCUACUCCUUACAGUUUGAUGGCAUCCAUGUGGUGAGUGGAUCUCUUGAUACGUCCAUCCGAGUAUGGGAUGUGGAGACAGGAAACUGCAUUCACACGUUAACAGGACACCAGUCAUUAACAAGUGGAAUGGAACUCAAAGAUAAUAUUCUUGUCUCUGGGAAUGCAGAUUCUACAGUUAAAAUCUGGGAUAUCAAAACAGGACAGUGUUUACAAACAUUGCAAGGUCCCAACAAGCAUCAGAGUGCUGUGACCUGUUUACAGUUCAACAAGAACUUUGUAAUCACCAGCUCAGACGAUGGAACUGUAAAACUAUGGGACUUGAAAACGGGUGAAUUUAUUCGCAACCUGGUCACAUUGGAGAGUGGGGGGAGCGGGGGCGUCGUGUGGCGGAUCAGAGCCUCAAACACAAAGCUGGUGUGUGCGGUUGGGAGUCGGAAUGGGACUGAAGAAACCAAGCUGCUGGUGCUGGACUUCGAUGUGGAUAUGAAGUGAGGAGCAGAAAAGAUGCAUUUUAUCCAACUGUGUAGACGAUAUAUUCCCUGACCUUCCCCUGCGCAAAA